AGCAAGAGGCUAUCCAAAUCGAUGGCAAUACAGUCAUUUCAGCUUUCCAUUUCAUCAACCUUUCUAUCCACUUCAUUGAAAAACUCGUCCUUUAAACUCAAAAAAUGUACACAAACAAAACACACAGAAUCUCUCUCUCUCUCUCUCUCUCUCUCUCUCUCUCUCUCAACACUACUGCUUUCUUCGUUUUGUCUUUGAAGCUUUGCGUUUCAGUUCUCUUAAGUCCAAACUCUUGUAAGAAAGGACAUGGAGUCUGAAAAUGGGAUUACAGUGGAGGAAGAGACAAUUGUGAGUGAAAAAACUGAUAUUGAAGAAUCUGCUACAGAAGAAAAGAAAAAGGAACAUGAUGAUGCUGAUGCUGACAUUAAUGGUGAAGGGGAUUCAAAUUCGAAGCAGCAAGAAACAAAAUCUGAAGGCAAGACAAGUAAAGCUCCUGCAAAUGUUUCCAAAACUCAAUUGUCAAGAAUCUUAAAGGAGCCUGGUAAUGCAAAGAACAGUAAGGUGACAAAGGAUAAACCUAAUCUGAGAAAUGCAGUUCCAAUUUCUCGUAACCAGAGGCAUGUUCUGUCUCAAAGUCUUUCAUUUCCUGCAAGAAGAAUCCAUGUGGAUGGUCUUGUGAAGAGCACUGAUCUCAAACAUUCCCAAGAGAAAAGCUCAAAAACUCAUGCCCCUUCUUCCAAUGGAUCAGCUAGUUUGAGUCAUCCCAACAGGCGCGGAUCCAUCCAUGUCGAUACAAAGCCGGCAAAUGCAAAUGGUGGUGGAGCUUCUUCUAGAAGGACCACUAUAGCAUCUUUGCCUAGCAAUAAGCCGGCAAAGUCUGGUCCUGGAAAUACGGCUGCUAAGCCCUCUUCAUCAUCCGAAUCAGUUGAUUCAAAGCCAAUAGCAGCUACAAUGCAGAGCAAAGAGGACGAUGAUGCCCAUUCCACUACUUCCAGUGCCACCUCUCGUAGCACUAGGAGGAGUAGUGGGUCAGGAUUCACCUUCAGGUUGGAGGAACGUGCUGAAAAGAGGAAGGAGUUUCUUUCAAAGCUAGAAGAGAAGAUCCAUGCUAAGGAAGUCGAAAAGAAUAACCUGCAGGCAAAAUCAAAGGAGAACCAGGAGGCGGAAAUCAAGCAAUUAAGGAAGAGCUUGACUUUUAAAGCUACACCGAUGCCGAAUUUCUACAAGGAACCUCCUCCAAAAGUUGAACUAAAGAAGAUACCAACUACGCGUGCAAUAUCCCCAAAGCUUGGAAGGAACAAGAGUAAUGUUGCUGCAACAAACAACCCUUCGGAAGUUGAUGGUUCUGGUGUUCGCCCCUCCUUGAACCAAGAGCGGAACGGUUCAACCAAAAGAACCCAAACCAAUGGUAAUGAAGAAAAUGUUGCUUCCAAGAAGACCGUAAAGAAACCCCAGCCUAAGGUUCAACCUAAGGAGACCACCAAAGCUGAAGAAAAGCUCGGAAAGUCAAAACCGAAAAUAAAGAAGGCGGAGAACCCUGUUCAGGAUGCUUGUGUCGGGAAGCCUGAAGAAAACCCGAACAAACCAAUCAACCUUCCUCAAUCCAAGGAUGCCGUAACUGUAUCGGGCGAAAUAAACCCUGCUCAGAAUGGUGGACCAAUUCCAAGUUUGGCCAACUCCGAUACGAUGCCCCGUCAAGUCACUGUCGGAGGUUGAAGAUCCUGAUUCUCAAGCCUUGUGUUAAUAGCUUCAUUUUUUACUUAUUAAUCUCAAGUUUCAUGUUGUUGUGAAUAGUAUUUGUAAGUUGAUUAUGACAUUUUUUUGGAGGGUUAUUAUCAUACACAUUAUAAGUUAUAUAUGCAUCAACAGGUAAUUGCAAAUCAUAUUUCCUUCAUUAAA